CGGAGUACAUAAGGACGUCAUUUCCUGCCGCCUGUCUUUUCCGCGCUACCUGCAGAGGGGUCCAUACGGCGUUGUUCUGGAUUCCCGUCGUAACUUAAAGGGAAACUUUCACAAUGUCCGGAGCCCUUGAUGUCCUGCAAAUGAAAGAGGAGGAUGUCCUUAAGUUCCUUGCAGCAGGAACCCACUUAGGUGGCACCAAUCUUGACUUCCAGAUGGAACAGUACAUCUAUAAAAGGAAAAGUGAUGGCAUCUAUAUCAUAAAUCUGAAGAGGACCUGGGAGAAGCUUCUGCUGGCAGCUCGUGCUAUUGUUGCCAUUGAAAACCCUGCUGAUGUCAGUGUUAUAUCCUCCAGGAAUACUGGCCAGAGGGCUGUGCUGAAGUUUGCUGCUGCCACUGGAGCCACUCCAAUUGCUGGCCGCUUCACUCCUGGAACCUUCACUAACCAGAUCCAGGCAGCCUUCCGGGAGCCACGGCUUCUUGUGGUCACUGACCCCAGGGCUGACCACCAGCCUCUCACGGAGGCAUCUUAUGUUAACCUACCUACCAUUGCGCUGUGUAACACAGAUUCUCCUCUGCGCUAUGUGGACAUUGCCAUCCCAUGCAACAACAAGGGAGCUCACUCAGUGGGUUUGAUGUGGUGGAUGCUGGCUCGGGAAGUUCUGCGCAUGCGUGGCACCAUUUCCCGUGAACACCCAUGGGAGGUCAUGCCUGAUCUGUACUUCUACAGAGAUCCUGAAGAGAUUGAAAAAGAAGAGCAGGCUGCUGCUGAGAAGGCAGUGACCAAGGAGGAAUUUCAGGGUGAAUGGACUGCUCCCGCUCCUGAGUUCACUGCUACUCAGCCUGAGGUUGCAGACUGGUCUGAAGGUGUACAGGUGCCCUCUGUGCCUAUUCAGCAAUUCCCUACUGAAGACUGGAGCGCUCAGCCUGCCACGGAAGACUGGUCUGCGGCUCCCACUGCUCAGGCCACUGAAUGGGUAGGAGCAACCACUGACUGGUCUUAAGCUGUUCUUGCAUAGGCUCUUAAGCAACAUGGAAAAAUGGUUGAUGGAAAAUAAACAUCAGUUUCUAAAAGUUGU